UUUAUAUAUCUUCCCCUUUAAAACUCACUGCAACACUAGUACUCAAGUCAUCACCAGCUAAUUAACAACAUGAUUCUUUCUCUCUUUCUUUUUUUCAUUUUAGGGCUUCUUUGCUUUACCCUAAAAUAUCAUCUCAAAUUCAGAAAAUUGACUCCCAUCUAUGGCCCUUCCUCUUACCCAAUCCUUGGAUGCCUUAUUUCCUUCUACAAAAAUCGACAUCGACUAUUGGAUUGGUACACUCAACUUUUAACGGAGUCCCCUACACAAACCAUUCUUGUUCAGCGCUUCGGCGCUCCUCGGACUAUAAUCACAGCAAAUCCGGAUAACGUGGAGUACAUUCUCAAAACAAAUUUCAUAAAUUAUCCAAAGGGGAAGCCCUUUACGGAUAUUCUAGGCGAUUUUCUUGGGCGUGGGAUAUUCAACGUGGACGGGGAACUGUGGAACGCGCAGCGAAAAUUGGCUAGCCACGAGUUCAGCACAAAUUCGUUGAGGGAAUUUACUGUCAAAACUCUCGAAGAAGUAGCCGAAAACAGGCUCAUUCCAUUGCUUCACCAGGCUGCUAAAUCAGGCAAAGUGUUGGAUUUGCAAGACGUGCUUAGGCGUUUCGCCUUCGACACUAUUUGCAAGGUGUCCCUCGGCACUGACCCGCAUUGUUUGGAUGAUCUCUCGCACGUGCCAGUUCUAGUAGAUUCGUUCGACACCGCUUCUCGAGCGUGUGCCAUGAGAGGGAUGGCGCCUGUCUAUGCGAUUUGGAAAAGCAAAAGAGCUCUCAAUUUAGGAUCGGAAAAGAAGCUGAAGGAAAACGUGAAACGAGUUCACUGUUGUAUCGACGAGAUCAUAGGGGAAAAGAAACAAAAGAUGGUUACUGAAAAUAUUGGAGAUCACAUGAAAAACAUGGAUCUUCUGUCUAGAUUAUUAAUUGCUGGACAAGAAGAUGAAGUGGUGAGAGAUAUGGUCAUAAGCUUCCUCAUGGCGGGAAGAGAUACGACUUCUUCCGCAUUGACGUGGCUUUUUUGGCUCACUACCAAUCACCCCAACGUAAAAAAUGAAAUGAUCGAUGAAAUAACGUCGAUCAACAAUGGCGAUAGGCCGCUUGAAUUCGAUGAAUUAAAAGAGAUGAAGUAUUUAGCCGCGUGCUUGAAUGAAUCAAUGAGGCUUUAUCCGCCAGUGGUUUGGGACUCAAAGCACGCGGAUAAAGACGACGUAUUGCCAGACGGAACAAGGAUUCAAAAGGGCAAUAGAGUUACUUAUUUCCCCUACGGAAUGGGUCGGAUGGAGGAGAUUUGGGGAAAAGACCAACUUGAAUUUAAACCGGACCGUUGGAUCGAUGAAAAUGGAGGGUUGAAAAGUGUAAGUCCGUAUAAGUAUCCAGUGUUUCAAGCAGGUCCAAGGGUGUGUUUGGGGAAAGAAAUGGCAUUCACACAGAUGAAGUAUGUGUUGGCUUCGGUUCUAAGGCGGUUCGAGAUUAAACCGGUUAAUGUAGAUAACCCGGUUUUUCUGCCUCUUUUGACCGCACACAUGGUUGGUGGUUUCAAUGUGAGAAUCCAUCAACGAGUGUGAAUGAAAAAUAGUCUGACUUUACAUUUGGAUUUAAUGCUUGUUUAUAUGAAUGUAUAGGGCGACCUUGAAAGUAAUAAGGAAAUGAUCAAACUAAUUUCACGACUA